AGAGCCUCUCAUGCUGCUCACCGUGUUUCUCUGACAAACCCGAUAGAUCAACUAUACGUGGGUAGCAGUAUCAUAUUCCACAGCCAUGAUCUCAAACGCUGGAGGAGACGAAGGACCGCUUCUCGGCGCCUUGGAAUCCGAACACUUGGUUGCGUCGUUGAAGAAACACUCACUGCAAGACGUUGGAAGUCCAGAAUGGAUGAAGCACCACGACAUCGUGGAAAAGCUCAACAUACAAGCGCAUUGGAACACCUUGAGAAUGUGCGAGGAAUUUGUUGGUGUGCAGAUCGUCGAUGAGCAAAAGAUGGAAGCAGUAGUCUAUGAUCUAAUUUUGAUAGAUACUUGGAAACGUCUUGUGUGGAACAAGAUCAAGAAAAAAAAGAUCCAUCCGGAGAACACCCUGCGCGUUUAUUUUAUUCUGUAUCACGAGUCAACUGUAGUUAACCUCCUGGAGAUCCUGCUUUACAACCAGACAGCGUGCGAGAGCCUCGGUGAUGCUAUCGUAGAUCUGAUCGACUACUGCGCUAGGAAGAUCAGCGAAUUGAGCGUUUCGGACCACGACGCAGAGCUGAGCGAUGAAAGCAACAAGGAGAGAGGAGAACGGCAAUCCGCUUCAAAUCUUCUCGACAAUCCGUCCCAACAACUUCGUACCCAUUUGUCCAGCUUAUCCGUUCUACGCCAUAUUACGACGCAUCUCUCCGCUUUGCCGUAUAGCGUCAUGACGAGGAUAUUGGGGAAGCAUGAUCUGAUUGUGGCGUUGGCGUGGGUCAUGGAAAAGAAACCAUGGGAGAGGCGAAGGCGGGUGGGGAAGAAGUGGGUUGUGGAACGAUUCGGGGAGAACGGGGACUGGGCGGCGAUCUCCGAAGAGGAGAAAAUGGGAGUUGCCCCCUGGGAGGCGCAGGUGUUGCUGACGCUAUACACGCUGCUACUGGACGGUGAAUGCCGGAGCAAGUAUGAGUUCAACCCCACAAAUCACGCCAUCAUACUCAAGCUUCGGCAGCAUAUCACUCCCACCAUCCUAGAUCAGCUCCCUCCUCUCGCAUCCCUUCUCCGCUACCUCGAGGAGCUCUCCUUAUUUACCCCACCGAAUGGCGGUGUCGCAAAACCGCUGAUGGGCUUUGUGGAAGAAGUGCCCAAACUUGAAGGGGAGAUCCUGGACAACGUUGAUUUGAACACUGUCAGAGCAAAAGCCGCGGACAUGCUGAAAACCGCUGGAAAUGAGAGGGAUAUUGCCCAAUCCCUUGCGGAGACGUACACCCACCCGACACUCUCCACUCUCCUUCCCGACACCCCUAAAUGCGCCAACCCAGGCUGCCCGAACCGUUCCACUCAUCCGACGGCUACGCAACGCUGCUCUAGAUGCAAGAGCGAGUGGUAUUGCUCCCGUCCAUGCCAAGUGGAGAACUGGAAGGUGCACAAGACGGUCUGUGAUAUGCUGAAAGCUGAGCAGUAA